GUGUGUAGUGGAGUUCUUGUCAAAAAUUUCCUGUGUCCCUCUAAAAUAUAAUAGUAAAUACUGCGAUAUACAGUCAUCUGCAAUUGCCUCCAAUUGCGCUUUUCGGCCUGGGGCACUGCACCAUCGUGGAAUUGCAUCUCGUGCGCCAGCCUCUCCCACUCAGAGCUCAAUGAUAUUCAAUCAUUCAAUUGAUGGGACUUUCGAGGCGAAUGAACCGUACAAUAGAUGCAACAGUUUGAGACAGACUUCGUUCACAGAUAUCUUAUAAGAAAUUCAUCACUGUGGAACUCGACUUGGCACAUUGAAUAAAUAAAUCAGUAGAGAGUGGAAGAAAAUAUAAGAGUGUCCUCGAAAAUGGUGACAAUGACAUCGGAAGCAGUGGAUAAGGGAACAACAUCAACCGAGUCCAGCACGGCAAUCGUUCCCAAGAAAUAUGUCACGAUGGCGGGCGGAGAGGAUGCGCCAAAUAUACUGGUGUACAAAAAGAUGGAGGCUAUCAUUGAGCGGAUGCAGAGUGAAUCGGGCGGCGUUGCUGUGAGAACUAUUAAGGCUUUCAUGAGCAAAGUGCCGUCCGUGUUCACGGGAGCAGACCUCAUAGCGUGGAUAAUGAAGAACUUGGACGUUGAAGACCUGAACGAGGCACUUCAUUUGGCCCACCUGCUCGCCUCUCAUGGCUAUCUCUUUCCCAUCGACGAUCAUAUCUUGACUGUGAAGAAUGACGGCACGUUCUACAGAUUUCAAACUCCCUACUUCUGGCCCUCCAACUGUUGGGAGCCCGAGAAUACAGACUACGCCGUGUAUCUCUGCAAGAGGACGAUGCAGAACAAGACACGGCUAGAGUUGGCCGACUACGAGGCAGAGAAUCUGGCGCGACUACAGAAGAUGUUCUCGAGGAAGUGGGAGUUUAUUUUCAUGCAGGCGGAGGCCCAGAGCAAAGUGGACAAGAAGCGUGAUAAAUUGGAGCGCAAAGUGCUGGACUCGCAGGAGCGUGCUUUCUGGGACGUGCAUCGGCCCAUGCCGGGCUGUGUUAAUACCACCGAAAUGGAUAUAAAGAAGGCAUACCGCCGCGGUGGAUCCAGUAGUUUAGGUUCAGGAUCAGCGGGCGCGCUGAGCAAUAAUCCCGUGGAACAGAUGACCCGCACAAUAGGAUUACUGAAGCAGCGGAUGGAGCGGCGGACAAUUAAAAUAUCCAAAAUAGCCGAGAGCUAUAUAUCUUACUUUGAGCAAUAUAACGACUACGAUUUUUUCAUCACAACCCCCGAACUCCCUAAUCCGUGGCAGAGCGAUAACACGGAAUUGUGGGAGCAAGAUAAAUCAGGCAAGGAGGUACCACUCAGGCGGGUGAAGCGCUGGAGUUUCAGCUUACGAGAACUUCUCAAUGACCCAGUUGGGAAUGAGCAAUUUGCAAAAUUUUUGGAGAAGGAGUACAGCAGUGAAAAUUUAAAGUUCUGGGAGGCCGUGCAGAACAUGAAGACGCUGCCACAGUCAGAAGUCAAGGAGGCCGCCCUCAACAUCUGGAAGGAGUACAUGGCCCCCGAUGCGCCCUGUCCCGUCAACGUCGACUCUCGGUCCGUCGAGCUCGCCCGGGAGGCUGUCAUGUCUACGGGCCCCAUCAAUCGAUGGUGCUUCGACGUCGCCGCCGCUCACGUGUACCACCUCAUGAAGAGUGAUUCAUACUCGAGAUACUUGCGAUCUGAUAUGUAUAAGGAAAUACUCAAUGGAUCAAAGAAGAAGGUGAAAUCCAUCCCCAACCUCUUCGGUGUCAAGCGCUAAUUGAUUUAUGGGGUAUAAAUGGGUAAUUAUACCACACUCACUAUUUGGAUAACAUUGUAGUUGUUUCGUUCACACAAUCACUGUAUUGAUGUGAAAAUGAUUACAUGUAGCAUUCAGGGUACAAAGUCAUAUUUCUCAGUAUUUUAUUCCACUUUUGUAAUUAAUAAUUCUCUCUUUUAAAGUUAGUUUAAUCAUUUCUCAUAUUUAUUUUCGGUAUUUCGGGUAUUGCGGCAAGAUCAUAUUAAAUACUCAAUCAUAAUUUAUAUUCGUACAUUAAAUGCACAAAUGUAACACUGCAGGUUUGUAAUUGAAUUUUUAACCAUGCUUUAUGAAUUAUAAUAUACCUACAGUUUUGGCUGAAGCAUGCUAACAGAAAAACAAUGAUUAAAUUUGGAACUAUUCAUGACUUUUUUUUAAAAGCCACAAAUUAAAUUACUCAUCCACAAAAUGCCACAGAUAUAUUUUUGAUUUUUUGCAUUUCUAUAUGCAACGUCAUCAUUUAUUUAUUCAUUCUUGUAAAAAAAUUCCUUUAAUAAGCGCAACAGAGGCAAAAAAAGAACGAACCGCGAUUAUUUUAAAUCACACAUUUACUGCCAGAUUAGCAAGAAGAAAAUUAAAACUGACACAAUACAAAGCGUUUUGCAAAUAGAAAUUUCUAUGCUUCAACAAAUCAUAAUUAAUCACACAUUUUAGCUUGCUUUUCUUAAUAAGGGAAUAUGAUAUUUUUAUAUUCAUCUAUAAAAUCCUUCACCAAGAAAUCAAUUAUGAUAAUUUGAGAUGAAAUAUUUAUUAUAUAUAGAAUUCCGAAAAUUAUUUUAUUAGGCAAAUUUAUAUAAGAUAAAUUUAUUAAUAGAAUUUGAAUUCUAUAUUAGCAAUUCGUCAAUAUUUGGGAAUUAAUCAUAUUUUAGGGAGAAAAAGGAAAAAAAUAUGUUGUAUUCCCAUAAUCUUUACCUUAUAAUCUUUAAAUAUCAUUCUUGGAGUUUUUUGAAAAAAAAGAACAUUUUUAUAUGUAGUGUCAUUAAAUUGUAAUGUAUUCGUUCAAGCAAACAUAUUUCUAAGAAGAAGUGAAUAAUGUAUUUUGUAUCAAAUUCUCAUAAUAUUGUCAUUUUAGUAAAAUCUGGCAAAAUCACAAUUACACUCUGUUUGCCAAUUACAUGGAUGGAAUUACAUGUAUAACCAAAAAUAAAUACCUACCCUAUAAAUUGAUGUAAAUGUAUACUGAGCGGUCAUUGCGGGUUUUCGUUUGUAAUUUUAUAUAGUUUGGCAAUUGCGAUGAAUACAUUUGGGAGAUGUAAACGCUGCAGAGGAGUGUAUUAUUUUAUCAAUUAGCCACUUUAGGGUUGAAAGGUUAAUCCUCGAUAAUUGUUAAUUACAAUUGAAGUGUUCAAUAUACCAGUUGUCUUUUAUUUUGUUAAUUGAAAGUGACACCAAAGAUUUUUCGAUAUUUUGCUACUAACGUUACACAUUAAAUAGUUUUGAAUAUAAGUAUUUUUAGUCAUACGCAUUUUAGGUCAGAAAAUGAUAGGUAUUGAUAUGAUAAUAUAAUUCAAAACAUGGAAAGAAUUUUGUGAUGUUUCCUUUACGAAUAUAUCUAAGAAAAAAAAUUAAGGGUUAUUUGUGAGGAAGAGAAACCACUUUGAUGAGAUGUUUCAUUUAUUAUUGAAAGAAAUAUGUUGAUACUCAUUAAAUCAAUAUACAAAAA